GCAUAGAGGGUUUUCACCGACCUCACGUUCUGGGCGGUAACCCGUAUGCGCAGCCAUCUUGGAGGCACUCGGUGUAAACAACUGAACAGAGUACAAUGGAGAUGAGUACAAUUUGAUGCUUUAAAUGAAUGUUGCCAUGUCGAAACAACUAAAAAGCUCAUCAAAACGCGUCCAAGAUGCAAAGGAAUAUAGAGAAGGACUUGGACCACUAGAAAAGGCGCGGUAUUUGGAGAAAUUACGAUUGAUAGGCGGUGCAGAUCCCUACGAGAUAGCUCCCUCGUCUUGGAUCCGCGACGACCCGGUGAUUCUUCCGUCCAUAGCAUAUCCCGAUAUAGUUAACUACCUGGUUUUCUCGCCGAGCCCAUACACAGCGGAAGACCUUAAAUCCUACAAAGGUUUGGAUGCCUAUAACCAGAUGGUGUGUGGAUGGGUGAGGGAGACGCAGUACCAAGUUAUCAACGACCGUUGUGUUGUGAAGGCCAAAGUACUCCAUUCUCAAUCAAUCCGAGAAACACCCCUCGAACCCUGGAUAAUCGCUGAGAAGUCUGGUCGUAUACUUGGAGCCCACUGCACAUGUAUGGCUGGCCUUGGAGAAACAUGCACACAUGUUGCUGCAUUAUUGUUUCUCAUUGAAGAAACAGUGAAGUUGAGGGACUCAAAGACAGUGACGCAAGAAAAGGCAUAUUGGCUGUUGCCUACUGCACUGUCAAAGGUGGAAUAUAGGGAAUGCCAAAAGAUUGACUUCACUGUAACAAAGAGAUCUCAAGUAAAAGAGUUGGCAAGAUGAAUUAUGCUGCUCAUGGACCGUCACUUGAGGAACAAAGUGCUAGUGAUUUUUCUACUAAUAAAGUUAAGAAAACAAAACCACCAACCAGCGAUGAACUAUCAUCAUUAUUCAGUGCUCUUAGCACAACUGGAUCUAAGUCUGCUAUUUUGUCCCUUAUUGAACCUUACUCUGACAGUUUUGUCCCCAAAGUGAUUGGAGAAAACUUCCCUCCUGUGUUGACUGAAUUGAGAAAGGAUGAAGCAGUUCACAUGGAUUAUAGUGAUCUAUUGUCUAUGUGCAAAGAUGUUGACGUUUCGGUAUCAGAGGAGCAAGCAAAGGCAGUUGAGGCCGCUACAAGGGAUCAAGCGUCCUCUAAAUUGUGGUUUCGAUUUCGUGCUGGUCGAAUUACAGCAUCAAAAAUGAAAACUGCAUGUUGCACUGAUCCAAAACAACCAUCACAAAGCUUCAUUAAAAGUGUUUGCUAUCCUGAGUCAUACAAAUUCACAUCAAAAGCCACAGCUUGGGGAUGUAAUCAUGAGAAAUUAGCACGUGACAUGUUUAUAGAUGUGCAUAAGGAAGCUCAUGAAAACGUGAAAGUACACGACACCGGUUUCUUCAUAAAUCCAAGUGUGCCAUUCUUGGGUGCUUCUCCCGAUGGUAUUGUUUCUUGUGACUGUUGUGGUGUCAGUGUAAUUGAAGUGAAAUGUCCAUUCUGUGUGAAAAGUGACAAGUUAGAGAGUGUAUCUUACUUGGAGAAGGACAGUGAAGGGAAACUGACACUUAACCGAAACCACCACUAUUUCUACCAGGUGCAAACUCAACUUGGGGUGUGCCAACUGGAAUCAGCAUAUUUUGUUGUUUGGACAGAAAAGGAUUUGCAUGUUGAGCAAAUUUUACUUGAUGAAGAGUUCUGGGGUAUGAUAUGCCAGAAAAGUAAGAACAUUUUCGACACAGCAAUUAUGCCAGAGUUAGUUGGGAAGUUUUACACAAGGCUUUCAUUUCCCAUUGCCACUGUGUCCUCACAACCUGGAAUAUUUGCCUCAGCUGAAUCAGAGGGUUCUGAUUGUGCUGCAAGUGCCAGUGACCAAGGAAAAACCUGGUGUUUAUGUGGUCAGGUUGAGUUUGGAAAGAUGAUUCUAUGUGAUAAUGCAACAUGUAAUAUUAAGUGGUUUCACUACUCGUGCAUUAAUGUUAAGAUUGCACCAAAGGGAAAAUGGUAUUGCCCACAGUGCCAAAAGCUACCCCAGUCUCUGCCAAAAAAAGGAAAGAAACCUCCAAAUAAAAACAAAAAAUAAAACUUUUUUUUGUUGGCUGCUGUGAAGUUCACAUGCACUUUGUUCUAAUGUAGGUUAAAUUAUAUUUAAUUAAUUUAGCAUUGUGCAACCUUUUUUGAAAUGUGACAUGUUCUUUUAAUAUUUUUGGCAUUUGAUUUCAAGUUGGUGAAAUUUUUGUAAAGCUAUGCUGACAAAAAAGUUAUACUCAAGUUACAUAAAAAAAUGUUUACAGUUAGGCUUUGCACUAUAUUAUAAUGUAUAAUUUAUAGUAGUGAAAAGUUUAUAAGUGUUCUGAUAAAAGUGUGUUUUUCCUUUAAUAAAUCUGUGUU